CACGAAGUAUGAACUCCACUGACGUCUAGAGGAGUACACGAUAAGCUCACCUCAUUGUGAAAUCAUGAGCGCUCCAGCGACAGAACGCCCAAAUAUGGAGGUGAAGGUGGUCUCACAGGAGAUGGCAUUACUUAGCAACCUACUGGCAGCUUACACCUUCAUUGCAGACCAACCAGAGAGGACAGCCCUGGUGUUUCUGGGCGGUGUCUGUGUCGGCCUUCUUGUCACGCUCUGUGCCAUCGUCUUCCAGAUACACUGUCGAGCAGACUGUCACUAUGGCAACAGUAAAAACCCUCACCAUCGCCACAGGAACAGGCAUCAUCACCGUCGCCACCACAGCUGUCCCCACCAUCAGCCCAUUGAAAGUAAUCCAGACAACACUGCUGUUGUUACCUCUGGAGGGCCUGGGCCUGCUGGGGACAGCGAAUCAGAGGACUGGGAUGACACGUCUGACCUGUCGGCACGACGACGCAGACGCUUUGAGAGAGCUCUGCUGAACGCCACCAUGUUCACGUCAACUGAGGAGCUAGACAGGGCCCAGCGGCUAGAAGAGCGGGAAAGGAUUCUCCGAGAGAUCUGGAUGAAUGGACAACCAGACAUCAGUACAGUCACUCAAAGCCUCAACAGAUAUUACUGACGCAUGAUCAAACAGGCAGAUAGUCAAAAGGACAUGAAGAUGGAAUAAAUAGGUUAACAAAUAAAAUAAACACUUUGGAUGAAAUGAACAUGAACCAUCAGCUUGGUAGCGCUGUCUGUACUGCACCAAAGAGACUCUUACAGAUCAAACUGACAGUACUGCCUGCAGCGGUCCCCUCCACUGUGUAGACAACAAGGAAAACAUAUGAGUUGUGAUGGCUCAGUCCUCCAAUACAAGAUGACACUUAAAUGUUUGUAAGAAGAAGGUCCUCAUGCCCCGAAAAACCAACAAGUAGAGACACAGCGGACCUACAGAGCUAAAUAAGUGGACUGAAACUUGACAUGGAGACUUACAAAAACACUGCGAUAUGUAACUGCUGGUGUAAGAUUGCUGUUGGUGAAAACUGUACAAGGGAUUUUAUAACUUUUCACAUUUUUAACAGGUGCUUUUGAGAAACAUGGAGCUCAUGGGGAGGGCUGACACAACCAUGGGGGGUGAAGUGGAACCUAAAUUAAGGGCAAUGGAAGACAUUAGCUCUAUGCCAAGAUGGAUUUACACAUACUGGUGCUUUUACUGCUGUGAUUCUGCAACCCCAGAUAAAGUGAAUGCACACUUAUAAGGACUUAAACUGGCUCAAAUAUUAUGUAAAGAAUAACCUGAUGAGUCUGUUGGUUGCUAUCAGCUGUAGGUGUUGUUGCACACUAGUACAGCAGGUCAUAAUGUCAUAAAGGAUCAUGCUGCCUUUCUUUAUUUGGCUCAUGUGGUAAUGAGCUAGAAAAAUAAACAAAUAAACUUUUUCCAGGAAAUUAUGAGUUAUUUUCUGUACAUAUUAUUGUGUGAAGUCCCUUAUUAAAAUGAAAU